AUGCAAUUCAUUAAAGCCUUCAUCUUACUACUUACAAUCCUCGGAUGUGCUCUUGCCGUUCCAGUAAGACAAAAACGUCAGUUCUUCUCUCCAGCCACAAUGAUAGCUCAACAGCAAGCUCGUGACAGUUUGGCAUAUGGCCAAUUUUUGAAUAAUCAAGCCAUCAGCAACUCGAACUUCUUGACCAUGCAAGCUCAACAAAGACAACGACAAGACCUGAUGAAUGCUCAGAUGCUCAGUAAUCAAGCCACGAUGGAUUCACAGAUGGCAGUCCAACGUGCUCAAUGGAACGCUGCUGCUCCAUUGAUGUUCGGAUAG